AGGAAUAGACGGAACGAAUGAACGACGAGCACUAAAAGAGGAAGGAGGACAACCUAAGCAGGACGAUCGGUGAUCGCGGCAUGUGACAUCAUCCUAUCAAAGCCUCCAUCUUGUGCAGCCCCGCUCCUUUUCGUCGCCUCUUGGCUUUCCUCUUUAUCCUCCCCGCUCCUCUCCUCGGAGCUCCAAGCUCUCCCAACCACCCACCCUCAUCCUAGCUCAGUCCCACUACUUUGCACGCUUCUACGCGUGUUAACCGCUUCGCCAUGCCCGUCCCAGCUGAACGCCCCGACUCCUCCCCCGUUCUUGACCUGAACGGCACAACAGGCCACCUCAUCGUCGUCUCUAACCGUCUACCCGUUACCAUCACGAAGGAUGCGGCAGGCGAGUUUCACUUCAAGAUGUCUUCCGGUGGUCUCGUCUCUGCUCUCUCAGGCUGCAAAAAGUCCAUGUCCUUCACUUGGAUUGGAUGGCCCGGCUUCUUCAUCCCACCCAAGGAUCGCCCCAUCGUGGACAAACGUCUCAAGGAAGAGUAUUCGUGCCAGGCCGUGUACCUCGACGACGAUGUCGCGGAACGACACUACAAUGGUUUCUCCAAUUCCAUCCUCUGGCCGCUCUUCCACUACCACCCUGGCGAAAUGAACUUCGAGGAGGAGAACUGGUUCUCAUAUCGUCAAGCCAACAUGGCAUUCGCGGACGCUAUUAUGCAGCAACUCGUGCCGGGCUCAAUGGUUUGGGUACAGGACUACCAUCUCAUGCUCCUCCCUAUGUUCCUUCGCACACUUAACGAAGGAGUAGAUUCCGUUAGUGAUGCCACCGCGGACGAGAUUUCGCGCAUUAUGGAGGGUAUUCAGAGCGAGGAAUACGUUGCUCCCAAGAUCCCUCGCAUCAAAGUCGGCUUUUUCCUCCAUACGCCCUUCCCCUCUUCUGAGAUCUACCGGAUCCUCCCAGUCCGCCGAGAAAUCCUUCUCGGUAUCCUCUACAGCGACCUUAUCGGGUUCCACACUUACGACUAUGCCCGCCACUUCCUUUCCUCAUGUACACGUAUCCUUGGUCUGCCCACCAUGCCCAACGGAGUCGAGUUCGAGGGUCGUUUAGCCCAUGUAGGGACGUUCCCGAUUGGGAUUGACCCUGAUUCGUUUAUCGAUAAUUUGAAGAAGGAGAGCGUGCAGAAGCGGAUAAAGCAGCUCGAGAACCGGUUUGGCGAUGUCAAGGUUAUCGUUGGUGUUGAUCGAUUGGACUAUAUCAAGGGUGUCCCCCAGAAAUUGCAUGCUCUCGAGCUAUUCCUUUCGCAGCAUCCAGAGUGGAUCGGCAAGGUCGUCCUAGCUCAGCUCGCUGUUCCCUCACGUCAGGAUGUCGAAGAGUACCAAAAUCUCCGAGCCACAGUGAACGAACUCGUCGGCCGAAUCAACGGUCGAUUCGGAACCGUGGACUUCAUGCCAAUUCAUUUCAUGCACAAGAGCUUGCCUUUCGAUGAACUGUGCGCCCUUUACGCUGUUAGUGAUGUUUGUCUAGUGACGAGUACGAGGGAUGGUAUGAACUUGGUCUCGUAUGAGUAUAUUGCAUGCCAGCAGCAAAGGCAGGGCGUUAUGAUCCUGUCCGAGUUUGCCGGCGCGGCGCAAAGCUUGAACGGAAGUAUCGUCGUUAAUCCUUGGGAUUCGCAGCAAGUUGCAGAUGCGAUCUUUGAGGCUGUUACGAUGGAUGCGGAUACGAGGGCGGAGAACCAUAAGAAGUUGUUCAAGUACGUAAACAAAUACUCAGCAGCCUUCUGGGGAACAUCGUUCGUCCGAGAAAUGACCAAACUCGACGUCCCCAUUGACGCCGCUCACGCUCAAGCCGAGAAAAACGAUCAAGACCACAUCGCCGAGCUCAAGCACGGACAAGCAGAACUCUUGAUGAAAAAGGAGGACUCGAAGGGUAGCGAUAUCGUUGAAGGUACCGUGCCAUCGACGCCUGCUGGGAAUGCUCUUUCUGGUGGUUCAGUAACGGUAAAUGGGAAUGGGAACGUUAUACACGCGUAGGUGAGAGGAGGUGUCGUUCAUAAUGGUGGAUGGUGAAAUGGGGGGAUGGAAUUGUGAAUGGUACUAUUAGACUGGGGAUUACGUGUGUGCCUCCCGCCCCCCUUUGAAAUGCGAAUGUACGAAGAAGUUCAUAUUAUUGUUUUAUUACUCACGUUAUCAUUUCUUGCUAUGUUGCUGUUGAACAUAUACACAUCUCCGCAACUCACAUUCCUCAUUCUGUUUUCAAUCGCAUGUACGACAGUGUACUAUCCUACUUCGAAGUCUUGUUUGUGUCCAUUUCACAGCAUUACUACAUUAGUUGAGCUACAUGUGUACCUAACCCAGCUGCAGUGUCCUGUCCUGUCGGAUACUCCCGGAAUCAAGUCUAAGACUUCCU